UGUUCAGCGGCUCUCCAUUUCUAACGGACAUUUGCAAAUUGGGUAUUGCGUCUCCCUGCGCGCAAACACAGAUACAGAAAGCGAAAAAAGAACAGAGGAGGGGAUGAGAGAGAAAAGAAGAUUAAAGAUAUUCAUAAAACAUAGAAAUAAGGAAGUGUGUGGCCGUUUCACCGGCCACCGCCGCCGGUAGAUGCCACCAGCUGCAUUUCAAUUUUGGUAGCUGAAGAUUUUUUAAAAAUUGAAGUGCAAACACAUUUUCAUUCAUUAAUUGAAGAAGAAGAGGGGAAGAAAAUUAAAAUCGAAGAAGAAGAGGGGAAUGAUUGCAAUCAACCAGCGACAAUAGCGCUUUGUUUAUUUUGUUCAUCAUUUCUUCAUCUUCUCUACGAUUUGAGGUCAGUUUCAUCCUUUUUGUAUGAAGCGGGGGUGUCUUACGACUCGUUAAUUGCAAUAUCUGGUGAAUAUUGUGGCAAUAAGGAUAAGACAGAAUGCAACACAACUUAUUUACCUCCAUGCGUAGCAUGAAGAUGAUGGACGGGUGCAAGGGCUUACAAGUGUGUGCCCUAAAUCCAGGGGCCACCGUUUCCGGCGGUGUUAGCGGUGUUUUCCAAAACUUACACGAUCAUCUAAAGGGAAAUCCGAUUAGAUCAAGGUCCACCUGGAAUUUCCAAAGCGUCCAACAACCAAGUAAUAACGUGGAUCCUGAUGCCUUAGCUGAAGCCCUAGCUGCUUACGGCCUACCCCAUGCCGAUCUCAUAGAGCCCCAGAUUGACCUGUGCCUCAAACCUGUAGACUUUGUCCAAACCCUAUCUAAACUUUACCUUAAGUUUGAGAAUUGCCCACAGUUUGAGAAGUCUAGGGUGUUUCUAGAGCAAUGCGCUAUGUUUAGGGGAUUGACAGACCCUAAGAUGUUCCGAGGGAGCCUUGUGUCUGCCAGGAAACAUGCUGUUGAUGUUCAUUCCAAGGUUGUUCUUUCUGCUUGGUUAAGGUAUGAGAGGAAAGAAAAUGAGCUUAUUGGGGUAUCAGCUAUGGAAAGUUCUACAAGGAGUAUGGAAUGCCCAAGGUGCUCUUUGGUGCCAGGAUAUAAUCCUGAAUCAGCUAAUGAUCGUUGUUCAUGUCUCAAAACCACAAAUAGUAUAAGAGAGGACCGAGGCGGUGGGCAUUGUAUAGAAGAAGAUGAGGAAGUCUCGACCUCACCGAUCUAUCCUAAUGAAGAAGAAGACGAUGAUGAUGAUGAUUAUGAUAUGUCAUUUUGCAUUGGGGAUGAUGAGAUUAGGUGUUGUAGGUUUAAGAUUGCGUCACUUUCAACCCCAUUCAGAACUAUGUUGUAUGGUAACUUCCUAGAGUCGAAAAGGGAAAAGAUAUACUUCUCACAGAAUGGAUUCUCUCCAAAUGCAAUGAAAGCUGCUGAGGUCUUUAGCAGGACGAGGAAAGUUGACUCUUUCAAACCAGAAACUGUCUUGCAGCUAUUAUCAUUGGCCAACAGAUUCUGCUGUGAAGAAAUGAAAUUUGCAUGUGAUGUGUAUCUAGCCUCUUUUGUAUAUGACAUAGAAGAUGCUGCAUUACUUAUAGAGUAUGGGUUAGAGGAGUCUGCAUAUCUUCUAGUUGCAGCUUGCUUGCAGGUUUUCUUGAGGGAAGUUCCCAUGUCGAUGCAAAACCCUAAUGUCUCAAGUCUUUUCUGCAGCUCAGAAGGGAGCGAAAGGUUAGCUUCGGUUGGUCAUGCUUCCUUUUUACUAUACUAUUUCCUGAGUGAGGCUUCCAUGGAGGAUGAUAUGAGAUCUAACACGACUGUGAUGCUAUUAGAGAGAUUGGGGGAGUGUGCAACUGAAGAAUGGCAAAAGCAAUUAGCGGCCCAUCAGUUGGGUUGUGUAAUGCUUCAGAGAAAAGAGUACAAAGAUGCUCAACAAUGGUUCCAAGCGGCUGUCGAUGCGGGCCAUGUUUAUUCAUUGGUUAGUUUCGCCAGAGGCAAGUACAAGCGUGGACAUACUUACAAGGCAUAUAAGCUGAUGAACUCACUCAUACAUGAUCAUGCACCAUGUGGGUGGAUGUACCAGGAACGGUCUCUUUAUUGCAAUGGGAGAGAGAAGAUGAUGGAUUUGAAUGUGGCCACCGAAUUGGACCCUACACUUACUUAUCCUUAUAAGUAUAGAGCCGUUUCAAUGGCCGAGGACAACAAUGUGGGGCCCGGUAUAUCAGAGAUCAACAGAAUAAUCAGUUUCAAAGUUUCUCCCGACUGUCUAGAGCUUCGGGCUUGGUUCUUGAUUGCCUUGAAGGAUUUUAUUGGAGCAUUGAGAGAUGUGAGGGCACUUUUGACUUUGGAUCCUCAUUACAUGAUGUUCCAUGGAAAGCUGCAAGGGGAUCAUUUAGUGGAGCUCCUGUGCAAUGCAGUCCAGCAGUCGAGCCAAGCUGAUUGCUGGAUGCAGCUGUAUGAUAGGUGGUCUUGUGUAGAUGAUAUUGGAUCCCUAGCCGUUAUACAUCAUAUGUUGGCUAAUGACCCAGGAAAGAGUCUCCUACAAUUUAGGAAAUCUCUCCUCCUUCUACGGUUGAAUUGUCAUAAGGCUGCAAUGAGAAGUCUUAGAACAGCAAGGAACCAAGCUAGAUAUGAACACGAAAGACUAGUGUACGAAGGGUGGAUAUUAUACGACAUGGGUUUUCAUGAGGAAGCAAUCAGUAAAGCUGAAGAGUCAAUCUCAGUUCAGAGAUCCUUUGAAGCCUAUUUCCUAAAAGCAUAUGUUUUAUCUGAAAUGAAUCAUGAUACCGAGUCAUGUAUGUAUGUCAUUGAUCUGUUAGAGCAAGCUCUGAGGUGCCCUUCUGAUGGCCUUAGAAAAGGCCAGGCUCUUAGUAAUCUUGCGAGCAUUUAUGUAGAUAUCGACAAGCUUGAUAAUGCGAUUAAUUGCUACAUGAAUGCCCUUGAUAUUAAGCACACAAGGGCCCAUCAAGGGUUGGCACGCGUAUACCAUCUCAAGAAUGAGACACAAGCUGCGUAUGAUGAGAUGACUAAGUUGAUUGAGAAGGCAAGGGAUAACGCAUCAGCCUAUGAAAAACGGUCUGAAUAUUGUGAUCGUGAAAUGGCCAAAAGCGAUCUUAUCAUGGCAACUAAGCUUGAUCCCCUCCGUACAUACCCCUAUAGAUACAGGGCAGCCGUUCUGAUGGAUGACCACAAAGAAGCAGAAGCUAUCGCGGAGCUGAGUAAAGCCAUAGCUUUUAGGCCUGAAGCACAACUUCUCCAACUUCGAGCAGUGUUUUAUGAUACUGUAGGUGACCACUUGUCAGCUAUCCGGGAUUGCGAGGCAGUCUUAUGUCUUGACCCCUCACACACAGACACAAUGGAGCUUUACAAAAAAGCAUGCCAACAUUUCACUGAGCAGCAACAGAACACGUAGAGAAGAGACCAAUGAGAGUCAUGCACUCAAGUUUUGCUUUCUUCAUGGUUUGGUGUUUAAGUAGGUCGGGUGUAGGAAGAGCCGAUCGGCGGUCACUUCUGCUCUAUCUUUUUUCAGGCUCACUGUUGUUGGCCAUUUUACUUGAGUGUUGGGAUUUUGUGUGUAGAUUGAAUCGAUAUUAGUUUUUACUUGCGGGUGAGAAUACAUACAUAAUAUUGAAGGAGGUGUAUUUUUUGCUUGUAAAUAUCUUAUUUUUAAUGUAAAAGUAAAUUAUAUAGUGAAAC